AUGACCGAGGAGCGAGCCAAGGCGCAGGCGACGGAGGAGGUCGCGCGCAUCCUCGGCGCGACGCGCGGCGAGGAGCCCUGCGACGCCGUCCAACGACACGCCGCGGCGUCGGGCCGCUGGCUCGUCGACGCGCUGCGCUCCGCGGCGCCCCCGGCGCCCCCGGCGACGCUGCUCCGACUCCUCCGGAAGACGUCGCAGCUGAGGCUGCGGUCCGCGCUGCCCGACGACGACGCGGCCGUCGCGCCUCUCGUCGCGGCGCGCUUCCGCGCCAUGCUCCCGGAGCGGAAGACGUCCCAGCGGAAGACGUUGGAGUCGCUCGACCUCGCGGGCUGGUUCGCCGCGCAGCAGAUCUGGCUCGACCCGCGCGGCGUCGUCCUCGACAAGGAGCCCGCGCUCGUCGCGCCGUGGCGCCGCUUGCUCGACAGCGGGCGGACGGUGCUCGAGCUCCAUGCCUCGAACGAGCUCUUCGGGCCGUUAAACGCCUUCCUGGACGCGACGGACGACUCCCACGAGGAGCUCGACGCGGCCGCCGGGUGCCGGGACUGGCAGGUGUCGUCCGACGUGCGCCACGCGAACUCGCGGGCCGCCGCGCAGCGCGGCGUCGACGCGCUCGACGCCGCGGCCCGGAAGCGCGUGGGCCGGCGCCAGCUCGCGGGCGCGCGCUUCAACAGCCGCCGCUUCCGCGAGGACCUGGUGCCCGGGGUCAAGGGCCACGUGCCGCGCGCCGCGGACGCGCGCGGCCGCGUCCACGGCUUCGUCCACCUCCUGCGGCGGACCGGCGGCGCGUGCCCGGGCCUCAGCGACCUCGCGGGCUGCUUCGGCGGCAACGCGCCCUGGGCCUACGCGCUCAACGACUGCACGAACCUGGACCUCGAGCACAUCGCCGCGUUCUGCGGCCUCUCGAUCCUCCUGGGCGGCGCCGAGGGCGACGCGAGGGAGCACGCGAUCUGCGCCUGCUCCGCGUUCGCCGCGGCGCCCGAGGCCGUCGACGCGCUCCUGGCGUGGUUCGCGCUGACGCCGCGCAUCGGCCGGACCGAGGAGCCGCCGGAGGGGCCCCACCCGUGGAGCGACCUCUUCCUCGGCGACGACGGGACGCCCGCCGUGCCCGAGCUGUUCGACUACGUGCUCAGCGACACGCCCGUCCCUGCGACGCCGGCGCAGCUGACGACGAGCAUGGAGUACUGCUGGAUCAUGCUCGAGGGGCCGCUCGCGGUCGCGACGCUCCUCUGCGGCGCGCGGUGCGGGUGGUCCGCGGGCCGGGCCGGGCGCGACCAGGCCUCGGGCGCGCUGGUCCCGCACCCGGUCCAGGCCACGGUCGCGGCGUCCGCGCACCUCCCGGGCUUCCUGGACCGCCUCCUCGAGUUCGUGUUCCUGUCGUUCGAGGACCCGAACCCGCCGGGCGUCGCGGGCCUCGCGGCAAAGGUCGGCCUCUCGGCGACGGAGGCCCCGCUUCUGAGCAUCGGCGAAAUCGCCGCGCGCUGCCUCGUCGCGCUCUGCCAGCGCGUGCCCGCCGCCGUCGCGCCGCUGCGGGCGGCCUACGCGCGCGCGACGAUCAAAGAAGACGGCGACGCGCGCGUCGUCAACGCCAUGUUCGUCUUCUUCCGCACGCAGUACGACGGCCGCUGGAACCUCUCGCCCGUCGGGUCCCGCGGCUACGUGUUCCUGAGCCUCUACCGGCGCGCGGCGCUCGACGGCCCGCCGCCGCCGCGGCUCCGGAGCUGCAUGGCGUGCGGCCGGGACGAGGCUUGCGCGCGCUGCAACUCGGUCUACUUCUGCGGCCGCGACUGCCAGGCGGCCGCGCACGGCAUGCACAAGCUCUACUGCUCCACGGACCGCUUCGUGCGCAUCCGCGACGGCGACGCCGAGGAGCACGCGUCGCAGACGCGCGUGACGGGCUCGCGGCGGUCGUCGCACGCCAUGGCGAAGCACAUGCCGAAGAUCGCCGCGGAGCUGGGCAUGCCCUGGGAGGAGAUCCUGGAGAACGCCAAGGCGGAGACCAUGGCCAAGAUGCCCUGGCGAGGGCGCCAAGCUGCCGCAAAGGCCAUCAUGGCCAAGAUGCCGGGCGGCGCCUCCGAGUCGAACGCGAAGAGGUCCGCGGCGGCGAAGAGCGCCGGUCGCAGCGGCGACGCGGGCACGUUGCGGCACGUCGCCGACGCGUGGGCCGCGACGAACAGCGCGAAGCCGCAGCCCAACAACCGCGCGGGGGGCGGCGGCGGCGGCGGCACGCGCUGCACGCGCGAGUCGUGGGCGGGAUCCUGGGACGGCGGCGGCAGGUUGCCGCGGCGCGCGUCGACGAGCGCGACGGCGUAG